AUGCAAGAUCUGUCGCUUGGCGAGCUGACAGUAGCAUGGGAAGAAGGGAUUGAAGAGACUCAUGAAAGAAAGCUGCUUCGGUAUGAGGAAUUUGUGGCUGAAGUCCGUGAGAGAGGAUACGGCUGCACCCUGGUGCCGUUUGAGGUUGGCUGUAAAGGAUUUCCUGCUGCUUCCUUAAAGAGAUUCCUCAAGUGUGCUGGUAUCCAAAAGCGGACUUGUGGCGAGAAAGCGGUGGAUAUAUGCUUCGUGUUAUCAUGUUUUAUUUCUAUUCUUUCUUCCAUUAUUCGUUUCCUUCCUACCUUUUUUCUUCUUUUCGUUCUAUUUCUUUUUCCAUUAUUCAUUUGCUUCCUUCUUUCUUUUCCUUCUUACAUUUUUUCUAGUUUUAUUUCUCCGUCCUCAUUGGAUUUUCUUUUCUUUUUCUCUUUCUUUCUUUCUUUCUUUCUUUCUCUUUUUCUUUCUUUCUCUUUUUCUUUCUUUCUCUCUCUCUUUCUUUCUCAUUUUCUUUCUUUCUUUCUCUCUUUCUUUCUCUCUUUCUUGCUUUCUCUCUUUCUUUUUUUUCUCUCUCCCUUUUUUCAAGCUUCCUUUCUCUCUUUUUUCUUUCUCUCUCUCUUUCUUUCUUUCUCUCUUUCUUUCUUUCUUUCUCUCUUUCUUGGUUUCUCUCUUUCUUUCUUUCUUUCUCUCUUUUUUCUCGCUUCCUUUCUCUCUUUUUUCUUCCUUUCUCUCUUUUUUCUUUCUUUUUGUCUUUCUCUCUUUUUCUCGCUUUCUUUUUCUUUUUUCUUUCUCGCAUUCUUUCUCCCUUUUUCUUUCUCGGUUCCUUUUUUCUUUCUCGCUGUAUCUCUCUCUUUCCUGCUUUCUCUCUCUCUUUCUCUCUUUUUUCUUUCUCAUUUUCUCUCUCUCUUUCUCGCUUUCUUUUUUUUCUUUCUCGCUUUCUUUCUUUCUUUCUCGCUUUCUUUCUUACUUUCAUUAUGUCGACCAUUUUCGAAUUAG